AUGCCGGAAUGGGAUCAAGCGCUCUGCAUAACUUGGAUCGCAACUUUGUGGCGCGAAGGAAGCGGCGUGCGUGCUGUCGCCGGCGCGGCAAAUUCACUGUCAACUGCUGCAAAGCGCGGGAAAGCGCGUCUACUUACGCUCUCCGCCGACCAAUCGCCGCCGCCAGCCGCCUCCGCGGCCCGGCCGCAGCCAAUCGCGUCAAAGGCGAAACAU